CCAGGUGGGGCUGCCCUGCGGCGGCCCUGGGCGGGGCCUCAGGUGAGGGGCGGGGCCGGCCCAGGUAGAGCUGCCCUGCGGCGGCGCCGACCGGCUCCCGGAAUGGGGUGCUACCGCCUCUGCGUGUUCGACGCCCUCCGGGGCCCCCGGCGGCUGAUGCGCACGGGCCUCGCGCUGAUCCUGGUGGGCCACGUGAACCUGCUGCUGGGGGCCGUGCUGCACGGGACUGUCCUGCGACACGUGGCCAAUCCCCGCGGCGCCGUCACGCCGGAGUACGUCUCCGCCAACAUCAUCUCCGUGGGCUCGGGGCUGCUGAGCGUUUCGGCGGGACUGGUGGCCCUGCUGGCAUCCAGGAACCUACUUCGCCCACCCUUGCACUGGGCCCUGCUGGCCCUGGCCCUGGCCAACCUGCUUGUGUCUGCCGCCUGCUCCGUGGGCCUCCUCCUAGCCGUGUCACUCACUGUGGCCAACGGUGGCCGCCGUCUCAUCGCUGACUGCCAUCCAGGACUGCUGGAUCCUUCCAUACCACUGGACCAGGGGCCCGGACACCCCGACUGCCCGUUUGACCCCACGAGAAUCUUUGACACAGCCUUGGCUCUGUGGAUCCCUUCUCUGUUCAUGUCCGUGGCAGAGACCGCCCUAUCUGCUUACUGCUGCGUGGCUGCGCUCACACUGCGGGGCGUUGGGCCCUGCAAGAAGGAAGACUUUCAGGAGCAGCUGGAGGAAAUGACAGAGCUUAAUCCUCCUAAAUGUAAAUGGCAGGAAAAUGUGAAGCUUCUGAAUGAAGGUCAUAAAGUCCGGGAAUCACGGAAAACCUGGGUUUAGGACAGGGUUUGGCUAAGUUCCCAGGUUGCCUAGGCUGGACUCCCAAUUUGUGAUCCUCCAGCCUCAGCCUUCAACUACUGGGAUUACAGACAUGCAGCAUCGCCUGGUGCACAGCAUGGUGCUCUGCUGCUGGCCCUCACUCAGCAAGGGCUGUUCUUUGGCUCAGUCCACAAGUGUUUUUCCACUAAGCCAAGGGCACUGAUUCCAGAUGACAUAAAUAAUUGUAAUAAAGAAUUUCUUUUCUUUUA